CAUGUGGGUCCACCAAAAUAUGAACACAACAGCAGCCAUAAACCUUAAAAACAACUAAUGUAAGAAAAAAUUCACCCAUACAGUACAGAAUCUCCAAGGAAAAUGGAAAAACUCUGCAACAGCUUCGAUCUUAACUCACCGCAUAUUUCCCCAAUUCCAACUAAGUUCCCGACAAGACCCACUUCAUCACUUACUUAUACUCAUAUCUCUUGCUCAAAUCGUGGUAAACACCAUAAAUGUAUUGUACUAAAAAAGAUUACUACAGCCAAGAAUUAUUCAGGUUCACAACUUGAUAAGACUGGAGAUUCUGUUGGGUUGAAUCAUGGUUUUAUAAAGGGUAUUGGGAGAGGACUUGUUGGAUUUGCUGCUGCUUUAGCUGUUUGUGUUGAUUCUCCAGCUUUAGCUCAGUCCUUAACUGUUGCAUUCCCUGUUUCUCCUGCUCACGAGGUAAAUACAGUGCAGAGAACUCUUGUGGAGGCUUGGAGUUUGAUUAGGGAGACCUUUGUCGAUCCUACUUUUAAUCAUCAAGAUUGGGAUAUGAAGCUACAACAAACAAUGGUUGAAAUGUUCCCUCUUAAAUCAGCUGAUGCUGCUUAUAAUAAGAUCAGUGGGAUGCUUGCUACCCUCGGGGACCCCUUUACACGAAUUAUUAGUCCUAAGGAGUACCAAAGUUUCAGAAUUGGUAGUGAUGGUAAUUUACGUGGAGUUGGUCUAUUCAUAAAUGUCAAUCCAAAGACAGGGAAUCUGGUCGUUAUGUCAUGCGUAGAGGGUAGCCCAGCAGAUCGUGCUGGCAUACUUGAAGGAGAUGAGUUAAUGGAAAUUAAUGGAGAGAGGCUUGAUGGUAUCAGCAGCGAAGGAGCCGCACAGAAGCUCAGAGGGAAAGUUGGGACAUCUGUUACAGUAAAAGUUCGCAGGGGCUCUAAAUCAGGAGGUGGUGAUAAUUUGAGAGAGGUAAAUCUACCUCGCGAGUUUAUAAAGCUUUCCCCUAUAUCUAGUGCUGUCAUUCCUCACAAAACUCCUGACGGCCGUCUGUCAAAGACUGGUUAUGUGAAGUUGCUAGCCUUCUCUCAGACUGCUGCUUCUGAUAUGGAAAGUGCAGUUACUGAGUUGGAGAAUCAGGGAGUACAAUCAUACAUACUCGAUCUUCGCAACAACCCGGGAGGUCUAGUAAAAGCAGGCCUUGAUGUUGCGCAGAUAUGGCUGGAUGGUGAUGAGACUCUUGUGAACACUAUUGAUAGGGAUGGAAAUAUGUUACCUAUCAACAUGGUCAAUGGGCAUGCUAAAACACAUGAUCCACUUGUUGUACUUGUAAAUGAGGGCAGUGCUAGCGCGAGUGAAAUCCUUGCAGGUGCACUGCAUGAUAAUGGCAGAGCUAAACUUGUAGGACAUAGAACCUUUGGGAAAGGAAAAAUUCAGAGUGUUACAGAAUUGGAUGAUGGAUCAGCUUUAUUCAUAACAGUUGCAAAGUAUUUGUCACCGGCACUUCAUGACAUUGAUCAAGUAGGUAUAGCACCUGAUGUUCAGUGCAGCGCGGAGAUGCUAAACUCUCCUAGAGAGUCUUUUAUGAAAAAUAAGAGUAGCACAUCUUUGGAAGCAGAUUCUUGUAUCAUGGUGGCAGAGCAUGAACUAGAAGUUCAAGAAUCCAAAGGUUCUGCCUCUUGAACAAAUAUUCUUUUGCCCUUCUACUCAGUCAUAGUUUUGACUUGUAUAUAAAUGUGUAUAAAAAUUUGAAAUUCGACCAUCGUGUGCAAAAAAAAAGAAGAAAAAAGAAUAGAAGUGAAUUUAUUGAAACAUUAGCAAUAAAGAACAUCAAGUACAAAAGUCGUUUAAAACAAUAAUUAAAAGCAAUAGUUGUACAUGUUUUGGGUGAUUCUCGCUUCUCAGUGCCUCAAGAGACCACAGAGAGAGAUGAGCAGAGAAGUUCCGAUGAACAUGGUUGACACCGGGAGUGCAAACGAGGCGCCAACAUCAGGUGAAGGUGCAGGGGCCAGCUGAGCUGAAACGGCAACAGCACUGGAGACAAUGGCUAACAUGAUGAUGCUGAUAAGAUGAGCCAUAUUAGAUUGAUGAAUUGUAAAUGUGAGAGAUUAUGUGCUAUGUUUCUCUGCAGCAGGGAUCAAUCUGAUGAAGGAUAUGAUUGUUUGGCGAGGAUUGUGUGUAUUUAUAGCAGCAAUGUGCAAUAUGAUCAAAGGAGAAAACAAUGUGUGUGAAAUGUGAAGCCCACAAAUAAUAAUGGUAAAUGAUUAGUUUAGCGGCGAACAACUCACAAUAAAAUUUUGUUUCUUUUUUGGUGAGUA